AUGCCGGGGUGCAAUAUAAUAGAAGAAGGCAAACACGUUUUGGUUCGUCUUCCUUCAGAAGCGGUGAAAGUGGUACUACUGAAAGGCGACUCAUGUAUCUCUUUGGGAAAGUUUGGAACAUUCUCAGUUUCAGGUGUAUUAGGAUAUAAGUUUGGGCAAAGCUUUGAAAUUUUGGAGAACAAGUUGGUGAAACCGGUUUGCAGUCUCAUUGACGACUCAAAACCGUUACUUUUGGAGGAUAGCAACACGUUUAGCGAGAAUAAUCAAAAUCUAAUAAAUACCGGAUCGCUGGUUCAAAAGCUAAGUACUCAAGACAUCGAAGAGCUCAAGAAACAAGGGAAAGGCCAAGAUAUCAUCAACCAAAUCAUAGCUGGCCAUGACUCUUUUGGGAAGAAGACUCAAUAUUCCCAAGAAAAAUACUUGAAACGAAAACAAGAAAAAUUUUUACGCCGAUUUACUAUAGAUUAUCUCGGUGCAAGUGAAAUGUUACAAUAUUACAGACUUAAGGAUCCUCAAAGGGUUCUUGACAUGAGCAAUGAGUCUUUGGGACUUAUUCUGAGCUAUGCUAACAUUCGCCCAGGUGGCAACUACAUACUAGUCGAUGAAACCGGAGGUGUUCUCCUGUAUGCCAUGUUAGAGAGAAUGGAAAAUGAAGGAUCAAUUUUGGUAGCCCAUGAAAAUGAGCACCCUAAUUUAAUAGCGCUUAACUACUCUAACUAUUCUCCAGAGCUACUGGAAAAGAUGGUUAGUAAUCUCAACUGGUUACAAUUUUUGGAAGCGGACACACAGAGGCCGCAAUGGAAUAACUAUCCUCAAGAAAAAAUUGACAGGUUAACUCCUCCUCGUCGCUCACAUUACUUACGAAAGAAAAGGGCUGCUGACAGAGUUAAUAAUAUUUUGGACACUGUUGAACAAGGAAAUUUUGACGGUUUGAUAUACGCAUCGACGCUAUACCCCCCAACUCUAAUUCCAAGGAUACUAGAUACUUUGGGCGGGUCUCGCCCGGUAGUCAUUUACAGCCCCUUUAAGGAGAUCUUGAGUGAAACGUUUCAUGUUCUACAGAAAGACUAUAGAAUUCUGGCACCUAGUAUUUAUGAGACGCGUGUGAGACAGUAUCAGACAAUUAUAGGCCGAAUUCACCCAUUGAUGACAACUAAAGGAGGUGGUGGUUACGUUUUGCACGCCACUCGAGUUAUACCAAAAGAAGGAGGUGUAACUGCAGUUGGAAGAGGAAUCAAAAGCAAACGGUUGAAGUUGGACGACCCCAAAGUAGAGACGAGACAACCGUUGGAAUGA